ACAUAAUGUCACACUUUCGAUUCCCUAGAACACGCCUCAAUCAAGAUACAAGUACUACUGCAUCAGACAGUAGCUUAGCCGAUCAAGAAGAAGACACUAAUUCACACUUCUCAGCAGCAGGUAACAGUGGUAGUUGCAGUAGCAGUAAUAGUAGCAUCAUUUCCUCAGCUGAAUCGUCAGACUCUUCAACUAUACUUGCACCUCGUCAAUCUACAAGGACAACAUCAGAAGAACGUCGAUGUUGGAUCUGCUUUGGCGAUAGUUCUGAUUCCGAAGGUCAAUGGAUCAAACCAUGCCAAUGUUCUUUAGAAGUUCAUCAAUCGUGUUUAUUAGAUUGGAUAGCCGAGAAUCAGAAAGCGUCCCCGACAAAAAAAGUCAAUUGUCCACAAUGUGCUUCCCCUUAUUAUUUAGCACAAAGCAACAGUAUUCCCUUGGCUUUAUUGACUGUAGUAGACUCAUUGGUUCGCAUCAGUACACCUUAUAUUGCUGUGCUUGGGAUUAGUUGUUCAUUAUUGAUCAGUUGCACUACUUAUGGUGCCUUCUCGGUCAUGACUUUAUUUGGUGCUCGAGACGGGGAUCGAUUGAUUGGCCACCCUACUCUCUGGACCUAUAAAUCAUGGAUUGGGUUGCCCAUGAUACCUGUCUUGUUGGUCUCUACCCGAACAAAAUACGGUGAUAUUAUCUUACCGUCUGCUUCUAUUUUACUCUUGAGAGCCACAGGCACAAGUCCACACCAUAUUCGAUUUACUUGGCCCUUGUCACCUGCUUUCACGAUUGGUGUCAUGCCCUGGGUCAGAUUAUUUUAUAAGAAUGUAUACCAUCAGAUUCAAAAGCACGUAACCAAGAAUUUAUCAUUACAAGACAAGAAAAAAAGAGGAUCCAACACAGACAUAUCAGACAGAGAGCGAAGCCUCGAAUUGGAUCUGAUUAACGGAAGAGGCAGUAUUGGUGUGUCUUUGUUAGGUGCACUUUUAAUGCCCGUACUGAGUAGUACUAUGGGAGGGUAAAUAGAAAGUAUGAAGCGUAUUUGCUGACUAUCGUGACAGGCUUCUGAAUCGAUUUAAAUGGGUACAAGAAAACUUUCCAGAGCCGUUCCAAAGAAAUGUGUUGGGCGGAUGUGUAUUCGUAGUGCUUAAGGACCUAGGCAGUUUAUUAUAUAAAUAUGAGCGUAUCAGACAAUACAGGUCAAGACGAGUCAAGAGCUACGAAGAAGUUAUUGCAACCACCAUAAAGCAAAACUCAAGGAGAAGACGCAAUAAUUAAAUAAACAGACGUAAUACUCAGGAAUAACAAACUAAAUAUAGACCGAAGAGCCUUCUGGUGCAUUUUGAUGCACGUAUUAUAGACUUAUAAUGGUUACAAUAUGAUAUUAAGUACUUUUAAAGUCAUUUUAGAGCCAAAAAGUAAACAUG